CGUGUCUUGUAGCUUGUGCAAUGGCCGGAGAAGAGCAAGACUUUCUUAGCCCUCAGGCCUUCUUGCUAGAAGUCGAGAAGAUACACCCUCAGAUCCUUUCAAUAUUGACUACCUUGCAACUGAAGGUUCUCUCCGAUGACCCUAACUCACCACUUGAAGGCAAAGAUUUAAAUGAAAAUUUCAUAGACCUUUGUGAUGCUUACCAUACCGCUAGGCUCUCUCGUCAGUCGGCAAGGUCGAACCUCAAGAGCAAAGUACUGCAGCCACACACUGAAGGAAAGCAGUUGGAUCACGAAAACUACAAAACCGUCCUGAAGGCGUGUGAUGCAGUAGUCGAGCGUUUUAAAAAGAUAAUAGACAAGAGAUUAGCAGCCACUGAGAAGACUAAUGGAGAGGUUGGGCUGCCUCGUGUCAUUCGACUAUCACGUCGUCUGAAACUAAAUGAGAAAGAAACUAGCAUCCUUACAUAUGUACUAGUUGCUCAAGCUAGUAAGGGAGAUCAUCAUGUAUUACGUGGACCAUUUGGUGCUAGCAUGGCACAUUUCAAUACAUCAGUACUUAAUCUCUGUCGUAACUGUGACAUGAUGCUAUCAGAGAUGCUUGCAUUCCUUGACUCAGAGAGACCUCACAUGCAGCAAGGUCUCUUCCCCGAUGUCCAGCAGUCCUACAUCCUUCAGUGCAAUCUCGGUCUUGAUGAGGUCUCGCUGAGGGCACUAAUAGGAGCUCCUCUCAAGUCCAGUGACAUGUUGAAACUGGAGCAGACCUGUUUGUCUGAGGUGAUUCUCGAAGAAGAGGGGAACGAGGGUCUCCGCAGUCAGUUUGAUACUCUUCAGUCUGUUGGUUUAGGACCAGGUGGCAGUGGCUUAGAAAAGGACCAAACAGAAGAUGAGGCAAUGGAAAAGGAAGAGAAAGAAGAGGAAGAAGAGGAAGAGCAAGUAAUGGAUUUGGAUGAACUGUUGAGGACUGAACGAAAACGUGAGAAGGAGGAACUUAAAGAUAUUCCCGAGCCACCAGAAGUGACUGAGCCAGAAACAGACUCUGACAAACUCUCUCCUUACAAGAAUGACUUGGAAUAUUUGGACGAUCAUUUUCAAUUGAUUUAUCAAAAGUUAAAAGUAAAUUCAAUGGAAAAAAGAAUGGAAAUGGAGGCACAACUAGAUGAUGAGCUCCGUGAUGCAAGAUCCAUGAGACAGAAAAGAGAGGCUGAGAGCAAAGCUAAAUUCCUUGAAAAGAAAUGUGAAAAACGUUUACAACUAACAAAGCAGUCAGGUGGUACAGUGCCACGUCUUGAGAGGAUGGCAACUCUGAGGGGGAUAGCUCCUUUUGAAAAGAAUGUACUACUGACUCUCAUUGGAUAUGUCAUACAACCUAAUAAGAUAAUGCCUUAUGAAGGAAUGUUUUCUGGUCAGAGUGUGUUUACUGUUGGUGAGCUCCUUCGUCUCUUCUGCCCCUCUCUUCAAGAACAAAUCAAGCACAGGGUCUACUUUUAUAAGAUGGCCACACUAGUGAGGGAGGGGAUGAUCAUAGUCCAUAACUCUGGGCUUAAUGGCGACCCAACAUCAGCCAAGGUUGAGAUUGAUCGCCGUAUGUUAGACUUUUGUGUUGGAUUAGACACUGAGUUCUCUGAGAUUGUUGAAGGAUCUCAUUUGUACUAUCCAAAGACACUUUUUGAUCAGGUUGUGCUAAGUAAAGAGCAGAAGUCAUUAAUUCUUAAUACUGUCAGUAAUUUUGAGGCAUACAAGAGGUGUCGGAAGAAGCUGGGUAUGGAUGACGCCAUUACUUAUGGAGCUGGCAUGGUAAUACUGUUUCAUGGAGCACCAGGUACUGGCAAGACAAUGAUGGCUAAUGCUCUCGCCAAUAAACUGGGAAAGAAGGUUUUACUGAUCAAUUUCCCUUCUCUUGGCAGUAUGGCUGCCGGAGAAAACUUCAAGUUUAUCUUCCGAGAGGCUAAGAUCAAUGAUGCCAUAUUAUUCUUUGAUGAGUGUGAAGCAAUAUUUGAGACAAGAGAGAAAGGCAGUCACGAUGUUAAUAUGCUCCUAACAGAAAUUGAGAGGCAUGACGGGCUAAUUAUAAUGGCCACUAAUCGUCCUUAUGAUCUUGAUGAGGCAAUGCACAGGCGCAUAAUGAUAGCAAUAGAGUUCAGACAACCCGACCAUCUACUGCGUAAAGCAAUUUGGGAGUCACACAUACCCAGUACAAUGAAGCUAGCCGAUGAUGUUGACCUUGGUGAGUUGUCCCUGCGGUUUGAGUUAACUGGUGGUUUCAUUAAGAAUGCUAUACUUUCUGCCCUCUCUAUUGCUGUAUCUCGUGAUGGGGAGUCUCCUGUUAUCAGUCAGAAGGAUCUGCUACAAGGAGCCAACUUGCAACUUAGAGGGAGACUCAGAAUGAAGGACUUUCAUCGUCGAGUGGUUCCUAAUAAAGGACUUGAUAAAGUUAUUGUAUCGGAGCAGCUUAUGAAGAACCUGAAAGAGAUCGUUCAGUUUGAAAAAGCAAGGUCAGUGCUGUUUGGUCAGUGGGGCUUUGGAAAGACAGAAGAGCAAGGUCUAACUGUCCUCUUCCAUGGAGCUCCUGGAACUGGUAAAUCACUUGCUGCUGAAGCCGUAGGCUAUGAAGUUGGGAAGCCUCUUAAAGUUGUUAAUUGCGGUGAGCUCCUCAGUAAAUGGGUGGGAGAGAGCACUAAGAAUAUUGAUGCAAUAUUUGAAGAAGCUCGCUCAACUGAUGCCAUACUUGUCUUUGAUGAGUGUGAAGGAUUGUUUGGACAGAGAACAGACAUGAGUACUUCAACUGAUCGUUAUGCUAAUGUUGAUGUUGGUGUUCUAUUGUACCACAUUGAGAGGUUUCCUGGUAUUAUUAUACUAACAACUAACCUCAUGGACAAUAUGGACAAGGCUUUCUUCAGGCGACUCAAAUUUGUGCUCCAUUUUGACUGUCCAUCGGUUAAGCUGAGGCUACAGCUAUGGAAAUUACUGAUUCCUGAGGAAACCCCAAUGGAAGAGGGGAUUGACUUUAAUAAGUUGGCUGGCUUUGAUAUGAGUGGAGGGCAAAUAAAGAGUGCUAUAUUCAGAGCAGCUGCACGUGCAGCACUGAGGAGCUCUAAAGAUCGUUUGCUAAGGAUGAGUGAUCUUGAGGAAUCUGCCGAGGAAGAAGUUGGUAAAACUUCAACUCGUACUAGUUUCAGGCGACAGGACUCAGCCGCCGAGUCAAUGUAUAACUAAUCUAGAUGUUACAGUUUUAUUUUGAGCAUGAUAUUAUUUAGUAGAGUUUUAAUGAAUCAAUUUUAAAACAUUUAAAA